UAUAAUACAAUUAAUGGGUAAUUUAAUAAAUAAUAUUACAAAUUCUGUCCGCUGUAUCCUUUCCAGCACCCACUGUCGGAACCACACGUUUGUGUCAGGAGAAAGUGGCGGUAAAUAAUAUCAGACGGACCGCUUCCUGUUUUGACUCGGUCGCUCGGUGAAGUAGCUGUGUUGUGUUGUGAUGUGAGUGUCCGGUAAUAACGGGGAUCCUGCAUCUGUCGUGAUGUCGACGAGCACGGGCUGCAGUACGGUGCUGAUGUCGGUGCGGGUCUCCGUGCGGCCGCUGCCGGUGGGCUCCGACUCUCUGCGGCUGCAGCUCAGCAUGAACCCGAACCGCGCGGGGCUCUUCACCCUCACACUGAGACACACCGACCGCGGGGGACGUAGCGUGUCUCUGGCAGAGUUCGACCUGCGCUCGGUGCAGUAUGAGCUGAAGUCUCCGCGCUGUCAUGAGCUGCGUCUCCUCAAGCCGCCGCACGACUGUCUGAGCUUCAGCUUCCGCAGCGAGCAGGAGGCGCAGGAGUGGGCGACCGUCGUCAUGUCCUCACUGCGGGAGUCACACAGAGUUGCCAGUAUUUGUCAGGAAGGCCUGCAGUAUGUGAAGAGUGGAGAGAAAAGCGCAGUCCUGUCUCUGUCAAUGAAAGAGGAGCUGUGUGUGGAGCUUUCCAGAGCGAUAGAGGCUGGAGAUGCUCAGGCCGCUGCGCGUUACGCCACAGAUCUGGCCCAGCAGCAGAUGACGCUCAGCAUUCAACCAGCGCCGCGCGACACCGACGACAAAGACAUCAGCUUGGCUGUGAUAGUGGAAGAUGCGUCGUCUUCCUGCUGUGUGACGGUGAAAAUCCACCCGCACGUGACCGUCGCCUCGCUAAAGCAGCAGAUGUUUGUGGAGUACGGUUUUCACCCGCGGGUGCAGCGCUGGAUCAUCUCUCAGUGUUUGUGCUCUGACAGUCGCUCGGUGUCGUCCUAUGGCGUCUGCAGGGAUGGAGACACUGCGUUCCUCUACCUGUUAUCCGCAGGUCACGCCAGCCUCAGCCAGCAGCAGGAGAACGGGCUCUCCGUGCCCACAGCGGCUCCAGCAAACGCUUCACUUUCAGCCCCGGCGGGCGGCGGCAGCAGCGGGCACGACUGGAGGGCGUACAGCACUCUACCACCACGCUUCAGCCACGCCAGCACAGGCAGCGGCGGCUCAGAAAAGCCCAGCGUCACUGACAUCAUUAACCUGGAGAUGCUGCAACUCGGAGGCUCCAAACUCAAGUCCAGUAACACACAGUCAGGCUGGCCCUGCCCGUCCUGUACGUUCAUAAAUAAAUCUACGAGACCCGGCUGUGAAAUCUGCAGCACUGACCGGCCCAAUCCUCCACAUCACACUCAUCUUCAACAGGAGAAGUCAAGAAGAUCCAACCAGUGAAAGUGCGGCGUAAACACACAGAGAAAUAAUCUGAUGUUGGUCAGCUGGUGUGGAGAUGAAGAAGCAGACUCUUCUUUUAAUCCACAGGUGUUAAACUCAGUUCCUGGAGGGCCGCAGCUCUGCACAGUUCAGCUUUAACCCUAAUGAAACACACCUGAUCCAACUCAGUGCUUCAGGCUUGAUUGAAACCUCCAGGUGAGUGUGUUGAAGCAGGGCUGGAACUAAACUGUGCGGAGCUGUGGGUGACACCCCUGUUUAAAACGCUGGUGCUCGUAGUUUUAAUAAGAGUUGACUUGAAAGUGGGAAGUUCUCAGAUUGAUUGGUUUCCCUUAAAGUGCCCCGUUAUUAACGCUCUGGCUAAAUGUAAACAUCUGCAUCGACUCUGAUUUUCAGUGUAUUGUGAUGCUGAGGUUGGUGUUUACCAGCAGAUGGCGCUGUUUGACUUACAAACAGCCAUACUCUACUGCAUACAGUGCACCACUCCGACCCAAAAUAAUCAUUGGUAAAGCUGUUGUUAUAUACCCAACCAAAAAUAUCAGAAUAGACGGAUAUUCCUCUGGCGAAUAUAAUCAACGAAUCGCAGUUUGUCGAUUUACUGCCACGACGCUUCUGUUUUUGGAUGUUUGCCUGUGAUGUAGCAUGAAAUGUGGUCAGUGCAUGUAAAAUUCAGCUCAAGUGGACAAUAAAACAUAAAACAAUGGACAUAAGCAUAACACGUGAUGUAAGCUGUCGACUAAUCAGGGUAGAGUCAUCAUCUAACCAAUGAGAGCAGAGUACAACCAUUGUUUGACCAAUCAGAGCAGAGUCAUAAUCUAAGCAGAGCGUAAUAAGGUAAUCUGGCCAAUCAGAGCAGAGGAGGUUCAUUGUAUGACCAGUCAGAGCAGAGUAUGGUCAUCUGACUAAUCAGAAAACAGUUGGGCGAUUUGACCAAUCAUAACAGAGUUAUAAUUUGACUAAUUAGAAGAUAAUGAAGCCAUCUGUCCAAUCAGAACAAAGUAAAGCUAUCAUCUGAUCAAUUUCAGUAAAGUUGGGUAAUUUGACCGAUCAUAACAUAGUAGAGCCAUCAUCUGACCAAUCAGAACCAAGUAAACAUAUAAUCUGAUCAAUCAAAGCAGCAUCAGGUCAUCUGACCAAUCAAAACAUAGUAGAGUCAUAACCGAGUAGAACCAUCGUCUGGCCAAUCAAAGCAAAGUAGGAUAUUUGGACAAAUCAUAACACAGUAGUACCAUUGUCUGACCAAUCAGAGCAGAGUAGGGGCAUCUGACCAAUUAGAACCAAGUAGAGCAAUAAUCUGACUAAUCAGAGCUUAAUAAGGUCAUCUGGCCAAUCAGAACAGAGUAAAGCCAUCAUCUGAACAAUCAGAGCAAAGUAGGGUAUCUAAUAAUAACACAGUAGGGCCAUUGUCUGACCAAUCAGAGCAGAGUAGAACUAUCAUCUGAACAAUCAGAGUAAAUUUGGGUAAUUUGACCAAUCAUAACAUAGUAGAGCCAUCACCUGACCAAGUAUAGCUGACCAAUCAGAGCAAAGCAGGGAAUUUUGACCGAUCAUAAUGUAGUAGGGCCAUCGUCUGAUCAUAAUAAGGUCAUCUGACCAACCAUAUAAAAGUAGAGCAGUCAGAGCAGAAUGGGGUCAUUUGACCAAUCAUAACAUAGUAGGGCCAUCAUCUGACCAAUCAGAGCAAAAUCAUAAUCUUGCUAAUUAUAAAAUAAUAGGGCCAUCUGGCCAAUCAGAAUGGAGUAGAGCCAUCAUCUGACUAAUCGGUGUAAAGAAGGCUAAUUUGAACAAUCAUAACUCAUUAUUCAUCUUUUGACCAGUCAGAACCAAGUAGAGUCAUAAUCAGACCAAUCAGAGCAGAAUAAGAUCAUAUGACCAAUCAGAACAUAGUAGCAUCACAACAGUCAGAGCAGAGACAUCAUCUGACCAAUCAGAGCAAAAUAGGGUCAUUUGACCAAUCAUAACACAGCAGGGCCAUCAUCUGACCAAUCAGAACAGAGUAGAGCUGAUGCUGUGCUGGAUAUUAUGACAAAAUAAAAGUCUUAUUUGACUUUGUAUGGAUGUACAUGUAAACUAAAGCUAGAAUAUUUAAAAUGGCAUAUUAUGGGCACUUUAAUGGAAGAAUGUAACUGUUGAACAGUAGUGGACAGGCUCCAGAAACUGUUGCCUAUUGAGGGCGUGAGACUUGUCACACGCUAGUUCUGGACUGAAACAGCAGUGACCGCUGUGCUUGUAGAUAUUCAAUAUUAUUCUGAAGAGAUGAUUCAUUUCUGCCUGUUGUUCAUUUCUGCUCCUGCAAACGUCUUCAAUCUUCUUCAUUCACUACACAGUGUGCGAGUCGCUGUCGACGUCUGUUCCUCGUGUCUCCUGCAACAGACAGACAUGAGUUAAUGUUCAGCGAGCUCUGAUUUAGGGGCUUAUGUUUUAAAUGUGACUGUGUGUAAUUAUGUGCAUUGAGGAAAACACAAGCCUUUUAUUGCUUAAUUAAUGGACCGAGAAUUCUCCUUAACAAAACAAACUACAUGCAGACACGGUUAUUAAGUGCUGUUAUUGUAUUUUUUUAAUAUAGCAUAAUAUUUAAUGAAUAAUCUAUUGUGAUUGCACUGAGUAUGUGUGCAUGUGUGUGUGUGUGUGUGUGUGUGUGUGUGUGUGUGUUGUAAAUGAUUGUGUUCCUGUUGAAAACCUGCCUGUAUUUCACCAUUGCUUGGCUGUGAAUAAACAACGAACAGAGAAACCACA